AUGGAAGACAUAUUUAAGGUUAAACAGAGGAAUACAAAAUUGCUUAGAGAAUUCGUAGAUAGAUUACAACGGGAGAGGAUGAUGUUACCUCGAGUACCUGAUAACUGGGCGGCUAUGGCAUCCGCUAGCAACUUGAAAGAGAAACGUUCAGAAGCCACGAGAAGGCUGAAGGAAAGUUUGCGAGAAUUUCCAGCAAAAACUUGGAACGAUGUGUACAACAGGUACAGUACGAAGUUGUGGAUAGAAGAAUAUACGGUCGCACAACCAAGGGCCGAUGAAAGGGCAGGAUCGAGACGUGCAGUAUCAGAAAAAAGGUCCGGUAAAAACAGGUAUGAGCCGUACAUGGGACCUGUUGGGCGAGACUCUCGAUCUAAACAGGAAAGCGCACGAUUCGACUCAAGACCAAGGCAAAAAGAAACGAGUUCUUCAUAUAGGUUCAAAAAGGAACGGGAUGCUCGAAGCAAUGAUUCCAAUACACAAGCGAGGAUAGGAGAUUACAGCUUUAAUAUCAACACCUCCAUGUUAGUAGUUAUUUUAAGAGGUAUGGGGGAUAAGGUGCGGUGGCCUAAAGAACUGAGAUCAGAUUCAAGCAAAAGAAAUUCAGAUUUCUGGUGCGAGUUUCAUAACGAUCAUGACCAUAGAACAUCAUAUUGUAGACUUCUGCAAGGAGAAGUCGAGCAUUUCUUGAAGCAAGGUUAUCUUACUGAUUUGUUCAGUGAGAAAGGAAGACAAUCAUACAUGAAGAACAGACAAGAGCCCCCAAAACCUCCAUCACCAAAAAGAACAGUCAACAUAAUAACUGGGGGAGAUGAGGUCAAUGGAGUAACCUAUACUGAUGCAAAAAAAAGCGACAAAAGUCACGGUUACUCACGGGAAGCGAGUUUGCCAGGUCUUUGA